AUGUCACAACAAGUAAACCGUGCUGCUACCCAAUCCAUAACACAAAAGAUCUUCAACAAAGAAACUUUAAAAUAUGUAAUGACUACACAUUUCUGGGGUCCAGUUUCAAAUUUUGGUAUUCCAUUAGCUGCUAUUUAUGAUUUACAAAAAGAUCCAGAAUUAAUUUCAGGUCCAAUGACUGGUGCUUUAGUUCUUUAUUCUGGUGUUUUCUUAAGAUAUGCAUUAGCUGUUACACCUAAAAAUUAUUUAUUAUUUGGUUGUCAUGUUGUUAAUUUAAGUGCUCAAUUAGGUCAAGGAUUUAGAUAUUUAAAUUAUAAUUAUUUUGAUUCAAAAAAUGCUGCUACAAGUACUGAAGAAAAAAAAUAG